CCUUCGCUGCGGCCUUUCGCUAGCCACUGACCUCUUGCCGCCCACCAUGGCCCUGCUGCACUCCAGUCGCAUCCUCUCCGGGGUCGCCGCCGCCUUCCACCCAGGCCUCGCCGCCGCGGCUUCUUCAAGAGCCAGCUCCUGGUGGGCCCAUGUGGAGAUGGGGCCCCCAGAUCCCAUCCUGGGAGUCACAGAAGCUUUUAAGAGAGAUACUAACAGCAAAAAGAUGAAUCUGGGAGUUGGGGCCUACCGGGAUGAUAAUGGAAAACCUUAUGUGCUCCCUAGUGUCCGGAGGGCAGAGGCCCAGAUUGCUGCAAAAAAUCUGGACAAGGAAUACCUGCCCAUUGGGGGCCUAGCUGAAUUUUGUAAGGCAUCUGCAGAACUGGCCCUGGGCGAGAAUAACGAAGUGUUGAAAAGUGGCCGGUAUGUCACUGUGCAGACUAUUUCUGGAACCGGGGCGUUAAGGAUUGGAGCCAAUUUUCUGCAAAGAUUCUUUAAGUUUAGCCGAGAUGUCUUUCUGCCCAAACCGUCCUGGGGAAAUCACACACCGAUCUUCAGGGACGCUGGCAUGCAGCUACAUGGCUAUCGAUACUAUGACCCCAAGACUUGCGGCUUUGACUUCACAGGUGCUAUAGAAGACAUUUCAAAAAUACCAGAGCAGAGUGUUAUUCUUCUGCAUGCAUGUGCUCACAAUCCCACAGGAGUGGACCCUCGUCCUGAACAGUGGAAGGAAAUAGCAGCAGUGGUGAAGAAAAAGAAUCUUUUUGCAUUUUUUGACAUGGCCUACCAAGGCUUUGCCAGUGGGGAUGGUAACAGAGAUGCCUGGGCUGUGCGCCACUUCAUCGAACAGGGCAUUGAUGUUUGUCUCUGCCAAUCGUAUGCCAAGAACAUGGGCUUAUACGGUGAGCGUGUAGGGGCCUUCACUGUGGUCUGCGUAGAUGCUGAUACAGCCAAAAGGGUGGAAUCACAGUUGAAGAUCUUGAUCCGUCCCAUGUAUUCCAACCCUCCUCUCAAUGGGGCCCGGAUUGCCUCGACCAUUCUGACCACCCCGGAUUUGCGGAAACAAUGGUUGCAGGAAGUGAAAGGCAUGGCAGACCGCAUCAUUAGCAUGCGGACUCAGCUGGUCUCCAACCUCAAGAAGGAGGGCUCCUCUCACAGCUGGCAGCACAUCACUGACCAGAUCGGCAUGUUUUGUUUCACAGGGCUCAAGCCUGAACAGGUGGAGCGGCUGAUCAAGGAGUUCUCCAUCUACAUGACAAAGGAUGGCCGCAUCUCUGUGGCAGGAGUCACCUCCAGCAAUGUGGGCUACCUUGCCCACGCCAUUCAUGAGGUCACCAAGUAACUUGUCUGGUGAGAAGGAACAGAGACAACCAGUCUGUCUUCAGCCUCUGCUGCUGUGAGAUUCACAGGAUGAGAGAGGGCGGAUGGUGGUGAGCAGAUCCUUUCUUUCAACCGCAGUGCUGAGCAUUCAGCCAUUGAAUGUGUUUCACAGAAAAGAACAUGCAGCAAAAUGGGGCAGAGGCAGCCGUGGCUGGUGUCUGGAAUUUGGUGGCUCCAAAACCAAACUCUCCCCCAUCCUUUCACCUCCAGCUUUUCCUAAAGAGUUUACAUGUGCAGGGAAGUCAGAGCCAAAACUCUGUCAGUCACACCAUUGCAAUAUCUCAGAAGCUUUCACUGUAGUACUUUGUGUGCUGAGGGUUCCUCUGUUCAUCCAGCAUGAGAAAUAGCACUUACUAGAGACUUUGUGAGAAGACCUAGUUCUGACAUUGACAGUUGGCCUCAUAUUUGUCCAUCCCAACAGUAGACUGUAGUAUAGAAAUCGUGUUUAAUGAAAACCGUUGAGUCCACUGCCAUCACAGCAAGGAAAAUAAAAGAUGCCGAUUCCUGACUUAUUUAAGAAAAAAAGAAAGAAGGCUCUCCUUUUUAAUGCUCCUCCCUUAUCCCUAAUCAUUGCUGUUCUUUUCCUUAGGCUCAAAGAUCUAUCACUAGCCUAGAUUCUCAUCCCAUUCUGCUGCUCUCUUGGCCCAUCAACCCCCUUCUGUCAGGAUUUACUUAUUUCAGGAAGGAAGAACAUAAUUCAAUGCACUGCUAUACCCUCACCUGGAGAAUAGAUAACUGCACUUUCAUUUCAGCAUCUGCUUUAGUCAUCGUUGAAUUACCUCCUGUCGGGAUGUCGCCUCUGCCUGUUUGGACCUCCUGCCUUGGUUGGGUGUGGUUGUGCAGUCACUCUUCUCACAACGUGAGCCAGGCAGUGCAGGGCAGGACCAGGAGAGGGGACAUUCUGGGCUUUGCUUGUCACCUGUACGUGCUGCCAGUCGGGCUCAGGCUUCACCCUUUGGAAAGAUAAAGACCAUCUGCUCUGAUCAUGUAGAUUUAUUGCAGCCUGGUUUCUCUGUUACAAUAAAAUCACUGUAGACCCAACCACUGUCUACUAAGAUGUCUUUUUUCUUCUAAUGAGAGGAAUGGGAUAGAAGUGGCU